UAAAAUUUGAUUAUUAACACAGAGUUUCCUGAUAAUUUAAAAUAUCUACAGAACGUUUGUCGAUAAGAUCCUAUACUAAAGAAAGAUGAAGAAACACUGUUUUAUUUUUCUUACGUGUGUUAUUUUAAAAGUAUUAGCAGUACCACCUUCCGUAUGCCGCGCCGACUUCCGUUGGGACGACUGCGGCAAGCCCCCCAAAGCGGUCAUGUACUACUGGAAGCAGGGCUCCCGCUGCGAGAUAGGCAUCUGGAAAGGCUGCAUGCCGAAUCCGAACAUGUUCGCCGACGAAUACGAAUGCAUAAACACCUGCGUGUUCGUCGACAAACCUUCGGUACGAACAGAAUCUGAGGAACCGGAAACUGAGGCUCCUACAACUGUGGAUAACAGUACUGCCGAUGAUGUUACUGGUGCUACUGGUGAAAGUAGUGAUGCUUCUGAAGCUGCUAGUGAAACCGUUGAAGCUAAUACUGCUGAAGGUGCUGGUGACGAAACUGAAGGCGAUGGUACACCGGCCGCCGAAGGUGAAACUACACCUCCUGAAGGUGAAAAUACACCUGCUGAAGGUGAAACUGCAGACACCCCACCACCAGAAGAUGCCGCGUAA